GGUUCUACUACCUCUGUGACGCGAGGUACCCAAAUGCAGAGGAAUUUUUGGCUCCGUAUAGAGGAGAACGAUACCACCUGCAAGAGUGUUGUGACACUGAAAAUGCUCCAACUACAUCUAAGGAGUUCUUCAACAUGAAACACUCGUCUACACGUAACGUUAUCGAACGAGUGAUUGGUCUUCUGAAGGGUCGUUGGGUAAUACUUCGCGAAAAGUCGUACUACCCCAUUCAGGUUCAGUGUCGCACUAUUAUGGCUUGUUGUCUACUCCACAAUCUAAUAAAUUGUGAGAUGACAAAUGUCGACACGCUAGACGAGAACGAGGACGAGGGUGACUCGAACUAUGCAACGACUGGAGGUGACCACAUCAACUACAUUGAGGCGUCAAACGAAUGGACUCAAUGGAGGGAUGACCUCGCACAGUCGAUGUUCAACGAAUGGCAGUCGCGAAACGACUACAUGGCCAGUUCAUCGAGAAACCCAAAGCACGCAUGGACGAGAGCAGAGGAGUCAUGCCUCGUCAGUUGUCUUGUCGAUCUUGUCUCCGUAGAAGGGUGGAGAUCAGACAACGACACCUUUCGACCUAGCUACCUCGCGCAGUUGCUGAGAAUGCUAGCUGAGAGGAUGCCAGGGUGCAAAUUGACAUCCACUACCGUUGUAGAAAGCAGAAUAAAGUUAUUGAAACGAUCAUUCCAGGCAAUUGCAGAGAUGUGUGGUCCUGUAUGCAGUGGGUUCGGGUGGAAUGACGACCUUUAGUGCAUCGUUGUGGAGCAGGACAUUUUCAACAGCUGGGUCCGGGCACAUCCUGUAGCGAAAAGCCUACUGAACAAACCUUUUCCGUAUUACAAAGAUCGCGCGACAGGGGCACGUGCGAAAGUAAGAGGAAGCGGACCAUGCAACAGAUUGAUAGCUUGGACGUACUUCGCGAUGCCAUGGAUUGUACGAAUGCACAACUGCAAUCCAUUCGAGGCCUUAGUGAAAAGGACCUGACAAAAUGUAUGAUUGUCGUGACGGAAAAAACGUAGUUAAUGCAUACAUUUUUUUAGAUGCCCGAUCACCUGAAGUGUGGCUACUGCAGGGUCAUUCUACGCAAUAACCCCUGAUUGUCGGUUCCCUUCCAUUACUGAUCUGUUAUGUUUUUCGUUUCCAUUGUAAUUGUUUGGUUAUUCUCUGCUAGACUGAUUAACUAUGUAACUGAUGUUUCCAUUAACUGUAAUUCGAGAAAAUAGUCGUUUUAUUUCUUUUAA